AAUACUGAACCUUCAGCAAAAGACUCCCUGUCAUGUUGGGUUUGGAAACAUUUCACGAAAAUUAAGUCGAAGCCAGGGAAAGCAGUCUGCAAGCAUUUAAAAAAAGUGAUGGUAAUUUUAAUUUGAAAUAGCCAGCAGUGUACGCUAGCGACAUAGUGGCCGGUACGACAAUACUUCAACGUUGAAAAAUAGAUAUUUGGCGUGACGGGCCGCCACAGUAACAUGUAUAAAAACGCGCGCCAGAAAAUUCCGAUUAGCAACACUACCACCAAGCUGUGCAUAACCUUGCAGACUUGCUCAUUCUGUUUUAUUGUUUGACAGACGUAAAUUGGGCAGAAAGGAAACUACAUUACGCAAUCCCUUGACCGUAUCUAAGCAAAGGAGCGUGUUUCUGAUAACCAGAAUGGAUGCGUUUUUAAAAACUGGAAAGCUCUCCAAUCAACCGAAGGAAAGUGGAGCAUCCUCGGUUUCUGAGCCAUUACAACGAAAACGAGGUUCCUUAAUACCUUGGGUUGAAAAAUACCGUCCUAGAACAAUCAAUGAAGUUUCAUACCAAGAGGAAGUAGUUGCUGUGCUUCAGAAAUCUCUUCAAGGAGCUGAUCUUCCUAAUCUUCUGUUCUAUGGCCCUCCUGGUACUGGUAAAACUAGCACAAUAUUGGCAGCUGCUAGAGAACUGUUUGGUGACAUUUACAAGGAGAGGUACGGGAAAUACUGUCAUUAAAGCAGUUAGCGUUCGCGUUCUCAAGAGGAAUGACCAGACAUGUGAACUACAGACAAUAAUUCGUGAAAGGAAUACUAGUCGAAAUGAUUUCAAAUUUUAUGCUGACAGAUUGAUUCGUCUUGUUAUAGAGGAAAGCUUAAACCAGCUUCCCUAUUCACCUUGCACAGUUGUAACUCCUAUAGGAUUUCCAUAUGAUGGUUUGCAAUUUGAAAAGGGAAAUUGUGGGGUGUCCAUUGUCAGAAGUGGAGAAGCUAUGGAACAGGGACUUAGGGAUUGCUGUAGAUCAAUGAGAAUUGGGAAAAUUUUGAUUGACUCAGAUCAUGAUACCCAUGAAGCUAAAGUUGUUUAUGGUAAGUUUCCUGAAGACAUUUCACAAAGAAAAGUUCUUCUUAUGUAUCCAAUCAUGAGUACGGGCAAUACUGUCGUUAAAGCAGUUAGCGUUCUAAAGGAUCAUUCGGUGCUGGAGGAAAAUAUUGUCCUUGCUAACCUUUUCUGUACUCCUCCAGCAACCCAAACAAUAGUAACAGCCUUUCCUCAGAUGAAAAUCUUGACUUCUGAGAUUCAUCCAGUUGCACCUAAUCACUUUGGACAGAAAUACUUCGGAACUGAUUAAAUACAAUUUAAUAAACAAA